AUGGAAGCCACAAAAAAGCGGCCCUCCACCAGCAAGCUCUCCCUCUCCAUGUCACACUCGGAACCCAAUAACGAAAAGUCGGAACCUCACCAGCGCACCAUCUCGGCGACCAAGCGCUUUGGUGGCGAUUCGUCCCACGGCAGCCGUAAUCCCUUCAACGCCAUGUCGCCCUUGACACCUGGCGGAUUGGCCUCACCCACGACGGGCGGCUCUUCCGCCUUUGGGCUCGGUUCCGGCGCAUUCGCGUCCUUUGGCUCUGCGGGUAAGACGCCGAAGACGCCGGGUACUGCCUUUGACUUCAAAGCGGCCGCCAUGUCGUCACCCUCGCCCGCGACGCCUUCGGAUAAAAAGGAUAAGCCGGUGAGCAAAGUGGUUAAUAGCAUACGUAAGGAGUCUAUAUCCACAGGCUCAAUACCGGAGAACACACAGGGCCCCUCUGCGCCACCCGAUUUCAACGCGCCGUGGCCGCUCAAGUACACUUGGGCGGUCUGGUACCGUCCACCAACGGCUAAGAAUGUCGACUAUGAAAAGUCCAUCGUGCCGCUCUGCAAAUUUUCGACCGCCCAGGAGUUCUGGAAAGUCUUCUCCCACCUCAAGCGACCCUCGAGCCUGCCCUCCGUGUCGGAUUACCACGUGUUCAAGCAAGGUAUACGGCCGGUAUGGGAGGAUGAUGAGAACAAGCGAGGCGGCAAGUGGAUCAUGCGCCUGAAGAAGGGCGUGGCGGACCGUUACUGGGAAGACCUUUUGCUUGCGCUGGUUGGAGAUCAAUUUCUAGAUGCUGGCGAGGAGUUCUGCGGCUUCGUCUUGAGCGUCCGGAGCGGCGAAGACGUCUUCAGCAUCUGGACCAAGAGCGACGGGGUUAAGAACUUCAAGAUACGAGACACGAUUAGGCGAGUUCUCAAGCUACCCGAGGGCACGAAUAUAUUCACGUACCCAAAGUAUCGUGGCGUCCUAGCUGCGAGCUCCUUUGGUUCUUCCAACGUACAUCCAGACGAGACCAACGCCCAACCGCCGAACCUCGACUUGCCUCCAUGUCCCUACACGCGAGCCCCGUCCCCCGCCCCGUCACCGACCCGAACCUACAUAGAUCUUUCCUCACCUACAAGACCUUCGAAUCGACCUCCUCACUUUGUCCCACGCCCUGAGGCCUCUCGCCGGCUGCCGUCCAAGCCAAGCGAAGACGAGAAGAGAUUAGUUGGAGAUUACACCGGAUGCGGUCAGUCUCCCCAACCCGCGUAUGAGUAUGCAACCCAAGCCAGGGUCGAACAAAGGAUUCAAGCCGGUCAAUACCUUGAACAGCGGACCUCAUGCGCCAAGUCGAAAGCCAACUACAUACGGGAAGCAUAG